AUGAUCCCUAUCACCUGCAACGCCGUGGGCGAUAUCCUUGCCCUAGCGACCCUGGUUCUCGACAUAACCCACGCCUUGAACGAAAGCCGCGGCUCUCCCGCCAAGUACCGCGCGCUCAACUCGGAGCUCAAGUCGCUGCACAUCGUGCUCGCAUCGGUCGCCGCCGAGGUCGACCGCUGCGGGAGCGAAGUACGCAGCGCGCGCGAGCGCAUCGCUCGGUUCUCCGACCUCGGUCGCGAUGCAUCUUCGGAGGACGUGAUCCGGAUCAGAAUCAAGCGGCAGUGGUACAAGCUCAAGUGGCUGAAGUUCGGCGGGAACGUCGAAAGCAUUCGGGAGGAGAUUGCGAGAGCGACACAACGACUCACGAUAUAUCUAGUUACUUCCCAUGCCGACGACAUUCACAACCUUGGAGUAUCGAUUCAGGGGCAGUUCAAUGCCAUGAGCGCCCGGAUGUGCAUGUCGCUGAUGCGACAGUUCUCUUCUCCCGCGCAAUCUUCUUCUGCUGUGCCCGGGACAUCCUUGGACAAGAUCGAUAGCAGCAAGGCCGCGGCCGCCGCGUUGCUAUGCGUCGCGAUGUGCACGAUGCAUGAUGCACCGCAAGCCGUCCAGCACGGUCUACUUCUCUUAGUCUUUGCAAUACUAAUGAGCGGCAUGGUUCGGGACCAAUACGAUGUUGUACCCGUCGUUCAGUACACGCAUUCCAACUCCGUCCUUCUGGAUGAUGCGAUGGGCCGCCAACUGGUGUUACCGAUUGAGCUAUGCGCCACUUCCGAGCUUCUUCAUGCGACCCUCGUCAACUUGUUUUCUCCAACCUCGGGUUCUUGGUUCAUAAAUUCGCGCAAGUAUAUGAUCACCAGCACCGGUGAAGGGGGCUAUCGACAGCAGUGGCGUGAUUUGAUGGAUGGACUGCAGUGCAUUCCGGGUGACAAACUUGAGAUGGUUAUCUUCAUGUCAAGUGACUCCAACGGUGUUGGGUGUCCAAUCUGCCCAUUAUCAGGUGUCACUGAGAAACCACAAGUGAUCGAGAUCAAAAACCACGGUCACGAAACUUCGUAUUGUACACACUGCGAACGGACUAUGAUAUGCGACUUCUAUGACUAUCCUCUGUUUCGCCACAGCCCUGAGUUCGACGACAGCAGAGUAGUCUUUCCGCUUGCCAACCCCAAAACCUCACCUCGAUACCGUACCACCGGAUCGGAGACAACCUUACUCAAGGCUGGGACGUUUCUAUUGAAUUCGCAGCCGUCUGUAGACAAGGCUGUCAGCGUUGCUGCAAGCCAUCCACAUCUAGACUGGUAUAGUCAGAUCCACCCCUUCACGCGCAUACAGGUCCGGGUCAUGUGGAGUAUUACUGGUUACUCUCGUGAAUAUCAGAUCGACCUCCACUUGGCCGCCCGCAACGGCCACUAUGACAUGGUCAACGGACUACUUGCAGGAGGCCUAGAUGUCAACGUUGCUGACCCGUCGGGUCACACGGCGCUUCACGCUGCCUCCGUGGGUGGUCAUAUUUCCAUUGUCGACUUGCUACUCGAAUAUGGCGCCAUCAUCAACGCAGUCGCGGAAGACUCAAUGACGCCCCUCGCCUGCGCCUUGGGAUACGAAAAUACCGAUGUUGCGGAACUGCUUGUCUCCCGAGAUGCUCUCUCUGGUCUUUCGAUGCCUUCACAGGCCAAUCUAUUGUAUUAUGCUGCGCAAUCUGGGCAUAUCCGCGUAGUCCGGAUCCUUCUGUCGCUCGGCACAGAUGUCAACACGCGUGCGGGAGCUAGUGGUGUGACGGCACUGCAUGCCGCGUGUGAUAAAGACGACGUGUUUUCCCCUAGAAGACAGACCAUUAGAGUGCUCUUGCAAAAUGGUGCAGACAUAUCUGCACGGUCUGAGUACGGCGACACUCCACUCUCAAUUGCAAUGGCUGCAGGGAGGCAUGAGCUGUUUCGGCUUCUCAUCCCGCCAGAGCGUAUGGACGAAGUGACACUCAAUUGGUCUGCAUGGUGGCCCAGGGGAGGACUUGGUCUAUUACAGGCGGCCGUCAAGAGCGGGAACCACCAGCUCAUCGCAUCACUCCUACAGACUGGGAUUGACGUCAACUCGCGCCCUCUGUACGGUCAUACUCCGCUGGCAUUGGCAGCGGGUACACCGAUGGGACAUGAGACAGUGAAACUCUUACUAGAGCGAGGCGCCGGCGUGAACAUUUCUACUUUGUACGGCAAUACACCUCUUUUCCUAGCGCUGAAUGAGGCACAAAAACGUCUCAACUGGUUCAAAACGUGGGGCAACGAAUGGUGCCGUUCGGAAGCGGAAGACUACCAGAGAAAGGCAGAUCUUCUUCUAGCCUGGGGUGCCGUACCAGAUGAGAAGUCGUCCAUGCUAUUGCGGGGAGAGUCGAUCCAAACUGGCAGAUCACCGGAUAACUUUGCGGACGCGGACAUCCCGGGCGCAUGGCGUGAGGACUCGUAA